CCUCAACUGUGAACGACAUUGCCUUGCGACCCCAUCGAGUCAACUUUCUAGCUUCUCGACCACCGCAACCAUGGCUGAUUCCGAAUACAACGCCGAGGAGGCUGCCGCCCUCAAGGCCAAGCGCUCCUUCAAGAAGUUCUCCUACCGUGGAGUCGACCUCGAGCAGCUCCUCGACCUCGGCUCUGAGGAGCUCCGCGACCUCGUCCACGCCCGUGCCCGUAGAAGGUUCAACCGUGGUCUCAAGCGCAAGCCCAUGGGUCUGAUCAAGAAGCUCCGCAAGUCCAAGCAGGAGGCCAAGCCCAAUGAGAAGCCCGACCUCGUCAAGACCCACCUCCGUGACAUGAUCGUCGUCCCCGAGAUGAUCGGCUCCGUCAUCGGUGUCUACUCUGGCAAGGAGUUCAACCAGGUCGAGAUCAAGCCCGAGAUGGUUGGCCACUACCUCGCCGAAUUCUCCAUCUCAUACAAGCCCGUCAAGCACGGUAGGCCCGGUAUUGGUGCCACUCACUCUUCCCGUUUCAUUCCUCUCAAGUAAAUGGUUUGGGUUACUGGUUGCAUGGGUUUCGUGGGGUGGAUAGUGUGUACUUGACGACCUUACAACGAAUACAGGUGUUAGGUGCAUUACACUUUCUAUGACUUGGUGACGCACGAAAAGCGGUCACGAUGGACAUGAAGAUAUGGUGUAGAUAGCCUCUACAUCCAAAGAUACCUCCACAUUUGAGUGUUAUGCAGUCGUGAUGACAUGCUUUUCAUACCAGUCGUUUGCACAAGGGGUUAGUUCGGUUCAUGCUUCGUAGUGUUCAGUCAUCAGCGGCUGUCGGACUAGAGCACAAACGACGACAUGAAAUGGCAAGAUACCGACAUCACAUGUCUUCACUCACUCAUGUACAGAGAAACAAU